AUGAGUGGACGUAAUUCUACCGAAGCCGAUGAUGUACUGGACUUUUUAGAUUCGCUUCCCGAACGAAAGAAAAAGGAUGCCAGCAGCACAAAGAAGGAGACAAAGACAAAGUCUCAAGACCCCAAAAAUGAUACUGAGAUCUUGGAUUUCCUGGACGAACUCGAACAAAGCAAUCUUGGCCUGAAAAGAGAAAAGCCAGCUGGCAAGGAAGAGGCAACUUUAGCCAAGAACAAGUCAAGUGGUCCGGAGACCAUACAAUCCAACAACAGCACUUCGGAAGACGUGAAGAAUGAUACAGAGCCACGUACGACUACCCAGAGGUCUCCAGCUGAAGCUGUUACUACACAGGCUGAGAACGACGAAAUCGAGUCUGAGACUAAAGCAAAUGAAACCAUUGAGGAAGAACUGCACGACCCAAUUACCUCGAUCUCCAAUUGGUGGUCGUCGUCCGGUUCUGCUACUGUGAACAGCUUUUUCAGCAAAACUGCAGAGCAGGCUACUCACCUCAAAGAUCGACUUGCUCAUGAGCAGCAAGGCAUCAGUUCACGGUUGCAAACAACCUCACUAGCGUCCAAAAUCAAUUCGGCGACAAUCUCUACGCUGGCAAGAAAUUUGAGCCGGAUCGUAGUGGGUGAGACGGACGAGGUAUUGAGGAUCCAUCUCGUACACAGCUUGAUUAACUACCCGCUUUUGUCGUACCAUGUGGAGCAGCAAUUCGAUUCUGUACUGAGCUCCCAGGUCCAGGGUGGUGUAAGGAUUUUCGUCGACGAAUGGGAUCACCCAUCCGAAAGCCAAGAAUCCACUCAAGACGGCAAGAGACAUCUGAAUAUGUUCGUUGGCAAAGUUGCCGAUGGAGAAAAAUUAGCCUUUGCGAACCUUAACCAUGCUAUCAAACUUUUCAACAAGGCUAAAGAGGAACUUGCGAAACAACGUACCGAGACCGAGGACGUGGAAGACGAACCCACCCAAGAACAGUCCAUUUCAGACGUGUUUAUAUCAAUUCUGCCAAUAGCGGUACCUCAAAAGGCCAAGGCUCCGGAAAUCAGCACUACUGAUCCCACCAGCCCGGGAAAUUUCGCCUUCACCAUUGUUCUGAAAGACAUCAGGAACGAUUUCACUUCCAUCACACGGUCCCAGGGCUUUCCGCAGAGAUGGGCGGAAUGGCUCGAGGGGACCUCGGAGCUGAAAAGCAAACAGGAUGCUAUUCAAGACAGAGAAACCAAGAAAGAUGUCGGAGAGCGUCCAGAGUCCGCCGAGAUCACUGAGGACGUGGAUGCAAGCGAGUGGGUCAAAGAAUGGGUGGAAGAUGGGUUGAGCCUUUCCUUUGGGAUCGUGGCUCAAAACUACGUGAUUGAUCGCAUGGGGUUUUAG